AUGGGCGCAACUACUCCCGACGAAAAGUCCGGCAACGACCACAUUGAGGCUGUCGGCGAGCUCUCCCACCACCCUGUGGGCCAGACGUCUGCCGACCGCGCCGAUGCCAUCGAGGCAGAGGACAGCGAGCACCAGAUGACUACACGCGAAGCGUUCCGCUUCUACUGGAAGGCGGUCCUUUGGUCCAUGCUCGCGUCGACCGUCCUCGUCAUGGAGGGCUUUGACGGCAUCGGCGGCAACUUUCAAGUUCUGCAGCCAUGGCUCCAGCGCUACGGUGUGUGGAGCGCCGAAAAAGGCAUGUACAUUAUCGAAGCAAAGUGGCAGAUGGGUUUGUCCGAAGCAACGUCCGUCGGAUGUCUCUUUGGCGUCCUCAUCGGCGCCUGGCAGGUCGACCGCUUCGGCUACCGCUGGUCCAUGAUCGCAAACAUGACCGUCCUCUCGGGCUUCCUCGGCCUCCAGAUCUUUGCGCCCAACGUAGAGGUCCUCCUCGUCGCAAACAUGCUCACAGGCUUCGUCUACGGCGCCAUGAUGUGUCUCACAACAGCCUUCGCCUCCGAGCUCUGUCCCAUCCAACUUCGCGGCUAUCUCACAUCAUAUUGUAAUAUGCUUGCAUCUAUCGUAAUCAACGCGUACACAAACUACCACCAAGACACGAGAACCGGUUACAUUGUCACUUGGUCGCUUCAGUGGAUUUGGCCCGCGCCGAUCGCCGUAGGCAUGUUCUUCUGCCCUGAAUCGCCCUGGUGGCUCGUCCGUAAGGGCCGCCUCGACGACGCAGAGGCUUCGCUGCGCCGCCUGCAGUCGCACGACAACCACGGCCUCGCCCGCAAGACGGUCAUGAUGAUUGUCCGAACCAACGAACUUGAAAAAGAACUCUCCGGCGGUGCCACUUUCCUCGACUGCUUCAAGGGCACCGACUUCCGCCGUACCGAGAUUGCAUGCUGCGCCUACGCGUGCCAGAUGACCUGCGGUGUCGUGCUCUCAUGGACUACUGUCUAUUGGUUUGUGCAGGCCGGCCUCAGCAACUCGGAUUCGUUCCGCCUCGGUCUCGGACAGUCUGCGAUCGCGCUGGCAGGUACCCUCGUCGCCUGGCUUCUCAUCCGCCACAUUGGUCGUCGAACCAUCUACCUCUGGGGUAUGGGCGGCAUGGCGGCACUCAUGAUUGCCAUCGGCGUCUGCGGUUGUUACAGGGACGACGGCAAGAACAAGGUCACCCUUUGGGUCCAAGCUGCCCUCAUGCUCACCUGGGUCCUCACGUACGAUCUCAGUGUUGGUCCCGUCGCGUUCACGAUCAUUGGCGAGGUGUCGUCGUCGCGUCUCCGUAACAAGACCAUCUCGCUCGCGCGCUUCACCUACAACUUUAUCUCCCUCAUCUCGGGUCUCAUGAACCCGUACAUGAUCAACUCGACUGCCUGGAACUGGGGCGCCAAGGCCGGAUUCUACUGGGCCGGCUGGAGCGUUCUCUCGUUUGUGUGGAUCUACUUCCGCCUGCCAGAGACAGGCAAGCGCAGUUACCGUGAACUCGACAUUCUCUUCGAGCGCCGUAUCCCCGCCCGCCAGUUCAAGUCGACCGUCGUCGAGCAAGAUGCCGACGACGAGAUCCUCCAGGCCAAGCAAAUGAAGUAA